GUAGGACAGUAGAGGACACCAUGAACACACCAUUUCCCUUCUACAUCCUCUUGUUGUUCGUCUCUUUGGUCUGGAGUGGAUACCUUGAAUAUGACCAAGAUGUCUUGAUACCAGAGGAAUGGAUCCAUGCUGGAAGAGUUGGUGCUUCAGAGGAGCUGGAGCUGACGUUUGCCUUAAAGCAGCAGAACCUUCACCUGCUGGAGGAAACACUCAACCGGGUUUCAGACCCGGACUCGCCUCAGUAUGGUAAACAUCUCAGCCUGGAGGAAGUGGCUUCGCUUGUUCGUCCAUCUGAACUCACCCAGAAAGUGGUGCACAGCUGGCUGCAGAGUCAUGGGAUUUCACAGUGUCUCACUGUUCGCACUCAGGACUUUUUACAGUGCACCGUGGCUGCAGAUGUUGCAGAAAAGCUUCUUCCAGGAAGUAGAUUCCAUCGCUACGUCAGGGACGGCCAGUCUAUAGUCCGAUCCUCUGCUCCGUAUUCGGUUCAUGAUGAUGUUCACCAACACCUUGAUUUUGUCGGAGGGCUUCACCGCCUUCCACCUAAAGGGAAAGACGCCCGCAGGAAGCAGCCAGAGUCAACGGCGUGGGUGCACCUCGGAGUGACUCCUUCCGUCUUGAGAGCUCGCUACAAUCUGACAGCAGCUGAUGUGGGAUCAGCUCAGAAGAACAACAGCCAGGCUGUAGCUCAAUUUUUGGAGCAGUACUUCCACCCCGCCGACUUGGCCGAGUUCAUGUACAUAUAUGGUAGCUCCUUCAAGCAUCUGUCUCAGGUGGAUCGAGUUGUAGGUACCCAGGGAGGAGGAAAAGCUGGUCUGGAGGCCAGUCUGGAUGUGGAGUACAUCAUGAGCACAGGGGCCAACAUCUCCACAUGGGUCUUCACUAAUCCAGGUCGUCACGAGUCCCAGGAGCCCUUCCUCCAGUGGAUGGUCUUACUCAGCAACAUGUCUGCCCUGCCCUGGGUUCACACUAUCAGCUACGGAGACGACGAGGACAGUCUGUCCGCUGCCUACAUGAUGCGCAUUAAUACAGAGUUUAUGAAAGCUGGAGUGAGGGGGAUUUCUCUGCUCUUCGCCUCCGGUGACAGCGGCGCUGGAUGCAGGCAUUUAAAUCCAACGCAGAACGUCUUCAGGCCCAGUUUUCCUGCCUCCAGCCCUUAUGUGACUACAGUUGGAGGAACUUCGUUCAAGAACCCGUUUAAAGUCACGUAUGAAGUCACAGAUUACAUCAGCGGAGGUGGUUUCAGCAAUGUCUUCAAGAUGCCCGACUACCAGGUCGGCUCAGUUCAGGGAUACCUGAAAGCUGCAGCAGCAACGCUCCCUCCCGUGUCGUACUUUAAUGCCAGCGGACGGGCCUACCCAGACAUGGCUGCUCUGUCGGACAAUUACUGGGUGGUCAACAACAGAAUUCCCAUCCCCUGGGUGUCGGGAACCUCGGCAUCGACUCCUGUGUUUGGAGGCAUUCUUUCCCUCAUCAAUGAUCAGCGCUUGUUGAAGGGUCAGCCUCCGCUGGGCUUCUUCAACCCUCGCCUCUACAAGCUCAAACAACAGGGGCUGUUUGAUGUGACUGAAGGUUGCCACCUGGGCUGUCUGGACGAGCAGGUUCAGGGAAAGGGCUUCUGUGCAGCACCGUCCUGGGACCCCGUUACAGGCUGGGGGACGCCGAACUACCCUGCACUGCUGGCUGCACUCAUAACGGACUAAACGGAACAAGUUAAAAAAACAAACUGACGUCUGCUCCGAGAGCAAAUCAAACUCCUGAUCAGGUUUCUGACGCUGAAAGGCAGAACAGUGGAAUUAUUAAACUACCGGUAAUUGCUGCUGUUUUAUUCUGAAACGCACGCA